CUUCUACCUUCGCAGCGGUCAAUCCUCCUUGAAAUACAGAAGGAAAAUGAAUUGUCGCUGAUCAAGUUGCCUAACUCUCCAGUUCCCUACAAUCCCAGCAAUGAGCAAUACCUAGCUCCAGACUCAACAUGGCAGCUCAAAGAACAUGGCUCCUCCGCUCGUUACCGCGCACUCUCCCUCAACAUUCGGUCCGGUUACGGCCCAUAACAAGGACACCAGCUGUCGCGCUUAGAUUAUGGUCUCAGCGGUACAGUACCGAAGCUGAGUACAAGCGUCCACAGACCCAAUCGCCGAUUCCCGAUCGCGCCUCGGAACCGUCACAUCUGAACCCAUCCCCCGAUGAUUAUUCUCGCUUCAUAUUUCAAGAUAAAUGUCGCUCGACGGUAUAUGCGGGCUCCGGCGGACAUGGGUGUGUCUCGUUUCUCCGAGAGAAGUAUGUCGAGGAGGGCCCGCCGAAUGGCGGUGAUGGAGGAAGUGGUGGGAGCAUCUACAUCCAGGCUGUGGAGGGCAUGACCAGUCUACAUAAGCUCGCUCGAAAGGGGAUUAUAAAAGCCGGUCGGGGAAAGAAUGGGCAAGGGAAAAGCAAGGGUGGUAAGCGAGGUGACGAUGUCUUGCUUCAGGUUCCGGUCGGCACCGUCGUUCGUGAAGUCGACCGAUAUGACCCAGUGACGGAGGAAAUUCGGCGUCAAAAAAGAGAGCGCAGAGAAGCUGCGGCAGCGGCAGCGGCAGCUGCUGAAGAAGGUGCCGAGGGAACGGACGAGCUGGAUGAGCUUGGUUUGACGUCUAUUCGACAUGACCGCUGGGUUCUUUACCCUGGUGCCAAUCCGUCCGAUUACCUGACGACAGUAUUCCCGAAGAACCCGCCUCGAAGACAACAUAUCGCUGCGCUGGAACCGGAGUCGCCUAUCUACCUGGACCUCGAUCAUCACAUGGAUAAGCCGAUCUUGCUGGCUGCGGGAGGUGUCGGCGGCUUGGGUAACCCGCACUUUGUGUCUCGCUCCAUGAAUCGGCCGAAGUUUGCGUCCCGAGGCGAGGGUGGCAUGCGUCUCGAGCUCGAAUUUGAGCUGAAGCUCCUGGCGGAUGUGGGACUGGUUGGCAAGCCCAAUGCUGGAAAAAGCACUCUACUUCGGUCGUUGACCAACAGUCGCACCCGGGUCGGGAAUUGGGAGUUCACGACGCUUUCUCCCAACAUUGGUACGGUUGUCAUCGACAACCACAAAGGGCGGCCGUUGGUGGAAAUCGAUGGGAAGCGUCCGCGGACGAACUUUACCAUUGCCGAUAUUCCUGGUCUGAUCGAGAAUGCCCAUCUUGACCGUGGCCUGGGUCUCGGGUUCUUGCGGCAUAUUGAGCGCGCCGGUAUUCUUGCGUUCGUAGUCGAUCUCAGCGCUGGCGACCCAGUGCAAAGCCUGAAGAAUCUCUGGCACGAACUCGGUGAAUACGAGGGCGUCCGUGAAGAGGAAGAGUUGAUGAAGGCCGAGGAAGAUGACCUGGAAUGGACUCCACCAACCCACGGUCUCCCUGAACUCCAGUCCGAAAGUGAUGCUAGAUGGCAGCCUGAGCACCCAUCUAGAACUCGGGAGCUCCCUUCUCUAAAUCUUCCUCCCAUCCACAGCAAACCAUGGUUUGUUGUAGCCACCAAGGCCGAUCUCCCGGAAACCCAAGAACAGUACAAAGCACUUCGUGACUAUCUCGCCGCUGUUGAAAAGGGAGACGAGCCGCACCCGGGCGGACAUGCCCGUGGAUGGCGGAGAAAAGUCUGCGCGGUGCCUGUGAGUGCCAUCAGGGGCGAGGGCGUUUCGGGCAUUCCGAAGCUUGUCAUGGAAUUGCUGGAUUGAACGACAUCUCCAGUAGAUAAUACGAUAUGGUGUAUAUUGAAGGACUUGUAAAAUAGCAGGAGUUGAUGGACGGUGGCUUGUAAUGAAUGGAUCAUCUAAGACAUAGUAUUUUAAGCAAU